GUCCCCCGGCGCGGGGAGCGGCGAGGCCGAGAUCGGACGAGGGCGCGCAAGAAGCCAUGCCAUCCGUAUCCGGCACAGGGGAAGGACCCCUCUGUGGACCGUGGCCGCCGCAAUUCCACGCCCGGCGGUGGCGGCGCGGCCCGUGCUCCCGCAGCAGUUUACGACUCUGAUCUGGUGAUCCCGGAGGCAAGGAGUCAGUUCGAGGGGGAGGAAGGAUACCCCAGCGCGGCCAAGAAGCUCCGCCGUUCUGAGGCGCUUAAAAGGAGAUGGGCGACUAGAAGAAAAGAGUGGGAAGCGGAAGACUCUGCUUCAACCGAUUCCGGCUGUGUCAACCCCAAGGGGGCAGCUCGGGCUCGAGCCAGCACACAGGUGCAGGGCCGGAGCAGCAGCUACAAGCCUGCAGGUUACUGCUGGAGAUGCAGGGAGCGCCCCGGAAGGGAGAUAGAGAAGCCUCUCCUCCACAUCUGCACCUGCAGCUUGUGUGGCGGCGGCUGCAUUGUCUGCAGCAGCAGCAUCAGCGCCGUCACUGACGUGCAGGACAUGGAAGGGGAGUCGCACUUGCUCAAGUCCCUGCUCGCCACUUCUCCAGGAUGGAACAGGCAGGCAGGGUGCGAUGGAGUCAGGCGUCCACUGGAGUCCGUUCUCGCCCCGCGUCGCCGGAGCCUGCGCAGGCCAGCAUCAGCAUGCGGCAAUUGCCAGGCCGCUGCUCAUUGGGCGCUGUCGUGCUGCGGGCACACCUUUGCUCGCCUUGUUUGGAGGUUGGAUACAGAGAGAAGCACGGCCGCUGUACCGCGGACGGAGCCCCGGGAAUCCUGGAUCCAAGUGUCGUCGAUUUAGACGAGGAGAACAACUUUUACUGCCACAGGUCAACCAGGUUCGUUGUCCGCGAGCAGAGCGAUCACGUUCUUGAACCCACGGAAGUCUUCGAGAUCAGGUACUACACCUGCUUUACGGAUCUGCACUGCCGCCGGCGUGCUCCGGCCCGCAGAAGGGUCGUGCUCUAUCAUAUUCUACCGAGUUCCGAGUCUGUUCGAAUGUGUCAAUUUGAGAUGGACUCUCUGCAGUGAUUAUUCAGACCUGUGCUACCAGAGCUAGAAAGAAUUGUUUUGCUGUAAUGUUGAAUGGAUUUUGUACAUUAACUCUGUUAGUCUUGCUGUAAUGUUGAAUGGAUUUGCAUACUUUUCAGUAUAUAAAGUUUCACAACGCUA